UCCCCAGCAGGCAGCAUGUGCGGACGUCGUUGUCGUCGUCGUCGUGGUUGUUGUCAUUGUCGUCGUUGUCGUUGUCAUAGUCGGUCUCGUCUCGUCGCCGCUGCUGCUGCUUCUGCUGCUGCUCUUAUCGUAGUCGCGUCUUCUGCUUAGGCAGCAUCAAUUGGCCGCCGCGAUUAUUAGUUGUCUAUAAAAGCGCAGAUCGAAUAUCGUCGCGAUCAACAAACGAUAAACUGCAAAACAAAAGUUGUUUUGUUUGCUGUGCAGUGCAGAAAUCGCAUUCACAUUUGUAAUGCAAAUCACAACGAAAUCGUAAUCACAUCUCAACAUCGAAAUCGAAUCGCAAUUCAAUGUACAUAAAAGUGGCUCAACAUCAAAAAAGCGAAAAGUGAAUUAAAGUGCAAUCAAUUUGAAAAUUAUACCCAAAAAGUUAUUAAUUAAUUCAACUGGCGUAGGCGUCAAACAGGCUUUUUUAUCCAGCAUCCCACGAAAUACCAGAGAAAAUGUUAUCGCGCGUCGCGUAAAAUUCGCAUCAAACAAAUCGAGGAUCUUGAGACUAAUUUUUCGGGAACACACACAAUGGGCGAUACAUUGGAGGAUGCGCCGCACGCGACGCGACGCGACAAACCGCAAACGUUGAACAUUAGUCCCGAGGAGGCAGCCGCUGCUGCGGCAGCAACAAGUGCUGUGGCAACCUCGUCCUCUUCAACCGUCUCCGCAUCCUCAUCCUCCAUGCAUUAUGCGCGAAAUCGCACGCGUUGCGAACGGGAACGGGAACGCGAUCACUCGAGUGAUGGGCUGAGCAAGAGAAAUGAUGAAUUUGUUGGCUUGGUGGCGCCACCGCGACGUGAGAGUCUUAACAGCUGCGACACGCAGCAACAGCAACACCAGCAAGAACGGAGCUUGGCAAGCAGUCCCGGCGGCUUUUCCAGCAGCCUCAACAAAGCGUUGGGCUUCAACAGUCGCAGCCUAAACACAGCAUCGAGCGGCUCAAACACCGCCGGCAGCACCAGGUACUCGUCCAGCAGCGUUGUGGUUGGCGGCGGCGUUGGCAAUUUGCCCGGCACCACAACGCGCAAGUGUGUCCUCACGCUGGACGGGUACUCGUAUGUUAUAGUUGCCAGCACGCCAGAGACUCUGCCCAGCAAACGUGAGGAGGCGAACGCCAGUGGCACAGGUGGCAGCAACAGCAGCGGUGGCAGCAACAUUGGUGGUGCGGCAAGUGGAACUGGAGUUGCGGGCAGCGGAGGUGCAACAGCAUCGGCAUUAACACAGCCGGACAACGGCGAACCGAGCCCCACAAGCUGUGACCUGGGCAGCAACAUUGGCGCCAAUGCGACAAUAAAUGGUCAAGUGGCAAAACACGGCUCUCUCACCAUUGUACGUCGAUCGAAUAGUCGCAAGAAUUUCACACAGAUCGAUUCACAAACGCAAUCAAUCGCCUCGCCCUCCUCGGCCAGCAUCAGUUUCUUCCAGACGCCGCUAAGUGAAUCGCUAGCGGAGCGUUUAAGCGGUGCCCGAGGCACCAACGGAUCCACAGCGAGUGCUGAAGGCGGCCAUCAAGUGCCAUCAUCGUCGCAAUCAUCGUCGGCAGCAUCAGCAACAGCUACAGCCACAGCAGCUACAACAAAUUCAGCCGGUAAAAUGCAGCCCUCGUCGCCGAAUCAAACGAAUUUCGCAACCGAUAAUACACAAAACGCGAGGUCUACCGAGCGACCCACCUAUGAUUACAGACUGAGUCGCGACACUAUCGAAUAUCCGAAUUCAAUAAGUCUCGGUGCCAUGGGUUCAGUGCAGGAUCCCGGUUUUGAUAAUCACUCGGCGGACAAUUCAGCCGAAACGGGCUCAAACGUGUCGUUAACUGGUAUUUGGGAAACGGAUAAUUUGCCAUCUGUCGAUACGCCAGAUGCUCUCAAUAAAGCAGCAAUCAGAAUACGCAGUCUGUUGCGCCGCAUGGAUCAUGAGACCGUCGCUUACGAGGACAUGCAACGUAAUCUGCAUUAUGCAGCACGUGUGCUCGAAGCGGUCUUCAUAGACGAAUCAAGAAGCCCCACAUCAGGUAAAAGUAAAUUGGGGCAGAUUGCGUCUUCAUCCGUUGACAGCGAAGAUGAGUCCACGAAACAGUGCAAAAAUCUCAACAACAACAACUCCAGCGGCAGCUGCAGCCUCAACAAGGCAGCGACUGAAGAGACCGAAGCUUCGGCAUCAGACAAUCAAACAGAGAGCAUAGAAAGCCGCACAAAAGGUGUCUCUUUAGCGCCGCAGACGCACAGUGGUCCAACGGGUCCGCCAGCAUCGGCCAAGGAAACGACAGAGAUGGCAGCAAAACCGUUAGAAACCGUUACCGAAUCCGCACAAGAGGAGCAAACAAACGCGACAUCGGCGGCGACAGGUUCAGAAACCGCGGCGACGACGACAACAACAACAGCGACGACGACGACGACAAGUGAAGGCGGCGCUGGUCAAAGUGUUUCCAGCAGUAGCAGUUGCAGUAAUAAAGCGACCGUUCAGCGACAAAGACGCCUGCGCACUCCCGUCUGGGCGAGAUCAAUGUCGACGAAUAAAACGCGUCUGGCCGACGAGGAUGAUGAACUCUCCGAAGUGCAACCGGAUGCGGUCCCGCCGGAAGUGCGCGAAUGGUUGGCAUCGACGUUCACCCGUCAAAUGGCCACCACUCGCAACCGGAGCGAUGAGAAGCCCAAGUUCCGAUCGGUGGCCCACGCCAUUCGAGCCGGCAUCUUUGUGGAUCGCAUUUACAGGCGCGUCUCCAGCUCGACGCUCAUGCAAUUCCCUCCCGACGUCGUCAAGUUACUCAAGAAUCUCGAUGACUGGACUUUCGAUGUGUUUGCGCUGACUGAGGCGGCCAGCGGUCAGGUGAUCAAGUACGUGGCCUACGAUCUGUUAAAUCGCUACGGGGCGAUGCACAAGUUCAAGAUAGCACCCGGAGUGCUGGAGACGUUCCUGCAUCGUGUCGAGGAAGGUUAUUGUCGCUAUCGCAAUCCAUAUCACAACAAUUUGCAUGCGGUGGAUGUGAUGCAGUCGAUGCACUAUUGUCUGUGCAACACGGGCCUCAUGAAUUGGCUGACGGACUUGGAGAUCUUCGCCUCGCUGCUGGCGGCGCUGUUGCACGACUUUGAGCACACCGGCACCACCAACAAUUUCCAUGUGAUGUCUGGCUCGGAGACGGCGUUGCUGUACAACGAUCGCGCGGUGCUGGAGAAUCAUCAUGUGAGCGCCAGUUUUCGGCUAAUGAAGGAGGACGAUGCUAACAUUUUGUCGCAUUUAUCGCGCGAGGAGUACAAGGAGUUGCGCACGCUCAUUAUUGACAUGGUGCUGGCCACCGACAUGACCUAUCAUUUCCAACAGCUGAAGAUAAUGCGCAAUCUGUUGACGCUGCAGGAGCCAACCAUUGACAAGUCGAAGGCAUUGUCGCUGGUGCUACACUGCUGUGAUAUCUCCCACCCGGCCAAACAUUGGGAUGUCCAUCAUCGUUGGACCAUGCUGCUGCUAGAGGAAUUCUUUCGUCAGGGCGAUCUCGAGAAGGAGCUCGGGUUGCCCUUCAGUCCGUUGUGUGAUCGCAAGAAUACGCUCGUCGCCGAGUCACAGAUUGGUUUUAUCGAUUUCAUUGUGGAGCCCAGCAUGACCAUCAUGUCCGACAUGCUGGAGCAUAUUCUGGCGCCCAUUGCGCCCGUCAUCAAAAAUAAACCGGCACCGUUGCCCGAAGAGUCGAGCAAUGCUCACAACGAGGACGCCGUCGAGGAGGCGAAGAAGCGCAAUGUCUGCGCCAUGACACGCAAGAGCAUACCGGGUGCCGUCUCCAAGUUCACCAUCACCAAGCCCUGGCUGACGUGCCUCACGGAGAACAAGCGCAUCUGGAAGGAGCAGGCCAUCAAAGAUGCCGAGGCACGAGCGCUGGCCGCCGCCGCUGAAGCAGAAGCCGAAGCUGAGGCCGAAGACAAGGCCGCAGCGUCGGAAACGGAAGCAGCAGCAUCAACGGCUGACGAGCCAAAGGCAGAGGCGACAACAGAGGGCGCUGCUAGCAACUAAAAAUUAUGCUCUCUCUCUCUUAUACAACAGAGGGCGCUGCGGGCAACUAAAAAUUGUGCUCUCUCUCUAAUACUAAAUACACUGUAGUCAACUAAGUCCCAUAAGCAUAAGCAGCAAUCUAUGAAAGAAAGAAAUAGAGAAUAUACUACAUUUAAAUCUAAAUAAAGUAAUCAUAAAUAAUUAAUAGAGAAAGAUAUACAUAUAUAUAUAAAUAAAUACAUACAUAUUUAGAAAUCUAUGUAAAACCGCACCGAGACAACACACAAACUAUGUAGCGAAACUGUAUAACUGAGUAAUUCCAGGAGAACCAGUGUUGAUUAACGUAGCAGCAAUAGAAUCCAUGUUCGUAGAUGAUGAUGAUCACUCAAAACAAAAUACUGAAAAUCAUUUAAAAAAUUUAUACAUUAAUCAUAUAUAGAUAAAUGUACUAUAUAUGUGUGUAUAACUAAUUGAUGUAUCAUUUGUUGUUGUUAGUAAAAACAAAAUAGUAAUCGUAAUAACACUGAAAGCGAAAAUAUUAGCAACAACAGCAUUGCACAACACUAGCAGGAACUCUGUAAAUAGGCGGCAUUUGUUCUAGAGUAUUGUUCUCCAACAACAAUUGAUAAGCAUUUACUUAGCUUAGCUCAUAGAGAGAUUUCUUCAACUUCAACUUAAUCUUCAUCUUCGUUUUUGUUAUAGAUCAAACAUGGUACUUUUGUUAGAUAUAAUGAUUAUUUGUCUUAAUUAUUGUAUGAUUUUUUGUAACGCAAAAUAUUUAAUUAAAUUCGAAACUUUUUUGUAAUCAUUUAAGUAUACUCUUUAUUUCCGAAACUUUGCUCAAUUUUUGUUAUAAUGGAUAAAGCGGAUGAUCGACGCCAAGGGCUGUCUAGAUAUUAAGUACCUAACUAAAAAUACCUGAAAAACUAACACUUAACUAAAUAGCUAUAAAACAAAUGGAAAAAUGUAAAUAUCUCUAACAAAAAAAGGACCUCUAACAGACUUUCGAUUCACGUGAAUUUCCACUCGAACAAAAACAAAAACAGAAAAGUAUAUGAUGCACAUGGCUACCUACUCUACAUAUACAUAUGUUCGCCGUAUAUGAAUGUUAAGAAUAUAUUUACACAUAUAAAACAUAAUACUUAUAAUAUAAUAUACCUAACUAAAAAAUACAUGGCACAUGGUUUAGCAAACAUAUUUAUUUUUAUACGUGCGACGGAUAUAGAAGAGAAACUUAAACCAAAUACUAAACCAAAAAUAUGUAACUAAAAACAAACAAAAAACACAAAAAAAAACAAAAACAAAACACGAUUCUUUUCAGUUCAGUUCUUUGUGUGUGUUUUUCUCGUAUUCGAAGAAGAAUCCAAACUCAAAAUGUUUUAAACGUUUUUCAAAAUGUCUGAUAGCGGGACCAUUCUUUUAAGAUUUACCAUUGCUCUUUACACAGCAGACGACGAUCGAGUCCAGCUAGGUAAGGGAAACAAGUCGAAAUAGCAGAUCGAUAGACGGGAUCGAUAGUCGAUAAUCAGAUCGAUAGUCAGGCCAGGGCUGGAGACGGUGGGCAAAGGGCAGUGGUAAAUGCGCUUAGCAGUAAGGUACCAAAUUAUCAGCUGAAAUUGGGAUCAUAGCUUUAUUAAGGUAGUCAAUACUCGUAAUUAACUACUGUAGUUGGUAACCACAAAUCAUCUGACAACACACAUAUGCAUACACAUGCAAGUUAUGUGUGUGUAAGUGUGUGUGUGUGCGUCAGCAUGUGUCUGUGUGUGUAUGUGUAAAGGCCGCAUUAACCAUAUUCGAUAAAAUGGAAUAAAACUAAAAAUAAAAAGAAAAAAUAAAUAUAUUUAAUCUAUUAUUACUAUUAUGUACUCUUAGCUGCAGUAAAUACUCAACAAAUAUAUAUACAUAUACAUAACCAAUAUGUACAUAUACAUGCAUAUAUACUACUGUUAUAUAUGAAUAUCGAACAAAUUGAAACGCUCAAAGCGAAUAGGCAAAAAAAGAGUUAUAAUCACUUCUAAAUGUAAAGAAAACAAAAUAUAAUAAAAAAUUAAAAUCAAAGUUAGGCAUAGGUCCGAAUAGAGGUCCUUUUGCAUAUCCUUCAGUUACUAGCGCAAUGAACUUGUUAUAAUCUCUCUGUUACUUAACGUACAAUACAUUCAAGCAUAUGUCUUAACGUUAUUAGCGACAAUGAUUACCGUAGUAUUGUAGCAACAACAGCAACAAAAACAAAUAUUACGCAUACGCCUAUCAAUAAGAAGAUUUUCUGGCUCCAUAUAUACGAAGGUAUUUAUAGGAAUAUUAAUAAAGCACAAAAAAAAAAAGAAACUAAAAACGAUAGCAUGGUUUUCCUAUCGCCAUAUCUUUUUCGAUUUUCAGUAGUCAAAAUAUAAUAAUAAUAAUAAUGAUAAUAUUAUUAUAACUAUACAUACAAAAUAUGUGUAUACAAAUAUAUGAGUUAAAAGCAAUCAUUACAUUUAAAGAAAUAAAACUAUUAUGGAAUAUAAAUGAUAAAUAAUACAUAUGUAAUACUUAACCAAGCAAAAACAAAAAAAAACCUAACUAAAAGUAUGUGAGUUUUGUGUAAAUAAAAAGUGCAUAUAAAAUAAUAAAUAAAGAUAACCUAUACUUUAAAAACUAGCACAACAUUGAUACAUUCCUAAAAAGUCGAAAUACCAUUCAGCACGCUAAACUGUAAAUAAUUUUGUGUUUCAUUUUUCGAUCUAAACUUACAAUGCCUCAGCAAAGAACUUAUACUAUUAUAUGAUGAAGUAAUUACUUAAUAUCUUUUUAAUUUUCCUACUAAGUUCCAACUCAAGCAAAUAUUUAAUAUGCGUAAAAUUAUCGGCUGAGGUCUGUGCUUAUUACGAAAUACCUUCAAGAAUAUAUAUAAUAACACCAUAUGACUUUUAAUAUACUAAUAAAAAUA